CUUCAAACUCCGUCGCUACAUUCAGGUGCAAGAACAGAAAUGCAGUUGGUUGAGGAAUCCUCCUUUGGUCUGUGCUCAUGGCGGGGAUUCUUCAAUGGCUUUUCCAAACACAAUAACUGCAUACAAGACUGCUCUACACUCUCAGGUGGACUGUAUUGAAGUUGAUGUUUCGCGUUCAUCUGAUGGAGUUCUGUUUGCUCUUCAUGACAGGCAGGGAUUUGCAGCAAAUAUCUGGGAAUGACACAUUCAAGGUUGGGUACUUGAGCUCAAGAGAGAUUAAAGAGCUUGUACCAAGUUUUGAGCUUCAACAGAAGUAUCAUGAUCUUGGAGUUCCUACAAUUGAAGAUAUAUUAAAGUUUAUAUCAGGUUCAGUACGGCAAGUAAUUCUAGAUGUAAAAGUUGGCCCUCCUUUAUAUGAAAAAGGACUUGCUGGCAGUGUUGUUUCUUCUUAUACAAAGUUAGGGUGCAAGAAUUGUGUUGUAUGGGCCAAAAGUGACAACAUUCCAAGAGAUGUACUUAGACUUGCACCAGAUGCCACGGUAGGUUACAUUGUUAUGAUGGACCCUUCAACAGGAACUAGAACACAAUUACUGAGGAUGAGAGGUGCGUGGGUGGUCGGCGUCUACCAUCCUUUAAUUGAUGGCAAGCUUGUUAAAGUCCUGCAUGCGAGAAACAAAAAGGUGUAUGCAUGGACAGUUGACGAUGAAGAGUCGAUGAAGAAAAUGUUAAUUGAACGUGCGGAUGCUAUCAUCACUAGCAACCCAUCUUUACUGAAGCGUGUCAUGCAAGAUGCAAAAACACAAUGCCUUGAAGAUGGUUUUUCAUUGUCUGCAUGACGACACAUCGAAAUUAGAAGCUCCAUUGUUGCAGUACACGUUAUCAGCUAUUUCAUUCUUUAGUUAUUGAUGAUGCUCACCUCUGUAGUCUCUGGAUCUAUUUAUGACAAGAUAUUGUACGUGAAGUUAUAUUCAUGGCAGUACACAAUUUCAUGCUCAUUGUUACACUAUGGGAGCUGCUGCCGUGCCCUCUUUAGGGAUAUACUUGAAAACAUAUUUAUUUUGUUAACUGUCUUCCGAGACUCUGACUUCUGAGCAUCAAAUAAGCAGUGGCGGAGGUGGAGGGGUGGCCUACCGGGCCCCGGCCCAGCCCAGUCCAAAUUUUAAAAUUGCUUAUAUUUUUAAUGUAAAAAUCUAUGUGUAAAAAUUUAUUUGUCAAAAUUCUUUGUACCGGCCCAACUCUUACUCUUGACUACGCCCCUACAAAUAAGGAUAAGUUUGUAUGGACGAUUUAAUAUAAUGGAUUGCAAUGACUCAAGGUAUGUAGUACAAAAUGUAAAGGAGAUGAGGAACGGAGUGAAAUGUAAUAGAAUUAUAUUGACUAUACAUACAUGUGUUAAUGUGUUAUUAUGAAGAUUGGGACAUUGUUCUGCACUAUGGUGGUUGCC